UUCAUGAUUUCCUUUUGUAGCUGCAUCAGCAGGUUGGAAGGGAGGGGGGAUCAAAAUAAUUCGCUGAAGAAAAAGAAUCUUAUGGCAGAAUGACCAGUUUUGAAAGGAAAACUUGCCACGUAAUCAUGAAGUGAUUUAAAAUAAUUUUUUCUUUUUGAAAAUUCGAUUUUUAUCUUGGCUGGUAUUAAAGGAAAUUAAAAUUGUCUAUUGAACGUUUUGGAAUAAAAAUGAUGAAAAGAAUUAUUAAUUAUCGUAUUCGUUAUCAAAAUUCUCCUGUCAGAUGCAGUUUCGUAUUUCGAGUUAGUGCAUUAUGGACACCGAGCGUUCUGCUUUUCUUCAGCCUGAUUGUGAGCAGCAGACUUGCUUUUGGCGAUUCUUUCUCAUGCUUGGCUCCUCCAGAUGUGAUUCCCCAAAGUUAUUUGGAAGUUAAAUGUUACUCCGAAUCAGUUUAUGUAAUUCCAACGACACUGUUUGGCAGAGAACGUGGAUACAGUUCAAUGUCUCAGCCGUCUGAUAACUUCUUAAAAUACCAAUCCUUCUACAAAUGGGUAAAUCUGAUGUUCCUACUCCAGGCAUUUGUUUUCUCUCUGCCAUAUUUUGUGUGGAAAACAUACGUAUCCAGUUGCAGCGCCAUUUUGUUAGAACGCUGCGAAAGUUAUGAAAAGGAACAAAAGAACUCAUAUCUCAAUCGAUUUGUUAGUUACCUGUUACUUAGCCGUGGAAAACAUAAACUGUUCACUUUUCUUUACGUAAUUUUGGAAAUCUGCAACUUUGGGAUUUCAGUGGGACAAUUAAUAUUACUCGUGAAUUUCUUUCAAGCAAAUGGCAACACCACAACAGAAGUUUUUCUGCCGGUAGGUUCGCUAACAUGGUCGGAAUACCGCGAAAUUUACUUUCCUACGUCGGGGAUGUGUAAAUUUUUUAAAUAUAGUGCUUCUGGCGAUCGGAUCCACUUUGAAGCUGUGUGUAUUCUACCCCUUAACCAUCUAUUCAUGAUUCUAUUUUUUAUCACAAGAUUAUGGUAUGUAUGUUUGAGUAUUCUUACAGCACUGGCCUUGAUUUAUCGUUUGGUGUCUAUUCCAAGAACCGUAAGAAUCAACAUUCUCAAAUCAGUGGACACUUUAUCAAAGAGAUCAACUUUACAAAUGAUUUGCAAAGAAUUUUCUUACAGUGAUUGGUUCUUCCUCGUAAACGGAACUAAUUUUUCAGACUUUGAUUAUUGCUGUCUUCAUGAAAAACUUGUAGUUGCGAUGCGAUCAAAAAUUAUGCCUUACUUUAAGGAGAACGAGAAUGGUUCCUUAAUACUUGAAGUACCAAAGGAAGAAGAAAAAUCUAUAAUAAUUUCUGAUUUAUAAUUUUUAUAACUGUUUCAGAUUAAUAAAAAAUUUCCAUUUGUAAUAGUUUUAAUAAUAUUUAACCUAUAAUUUCUAGAGAUGUACCGGAUCCAAAAAUUUUGUCCGGUACCCGGUGAAAAAGUAUCUCUUACCCGGUCCCAUUUGGGGUACCUUUGUUACCCGGUGGUUCCGGAUACUAGGUAAAAUUUAGAUUUAUUACCUGAGGUAAUUUAUG